AUGUCUUCAGUAUGUUGUGGAACAAAAAAACAAAAACUGAACAACUCGUACAGUAACAAUAUAGAACGACCUUUGAAUGGUUACCAAGAGUCCGUGGCUAUUCCUGAUAUGUGUUACUUUUGUUUCGAUGUUUUGUAUUGUCAGCUGCACAGUAUGGACCCUCCCCAAACGCCAAAUUUUACUAACGAUGCCUAUCCAUUGUUUGUGACAUGGAAAAUUGGCAAGGAGCACAGACUUCGAGGUUGCAUUGGAACAUUUAAUGCAAUGCAUUUACACUCAGGUCUCCGAGAAUACGCGAUAACCAGUGCUCUCAAAGACUCGCGCUUCACGCCUAUUACAAGGGAGGAAGUCCCGCGGCUGACGGUCUCCGUAUCAAUCCUUCAACAUUUUGAGGAGGCUGAGCACUAUUUAGACUGGAAGCUUGGCAAGCACGGCAUCAGGAUCGAGUUUAUUAGUGAACGGGGCUCGAAAAGAACUGCUACUUACUUACCUCAAGUUGCUACCGAGCAAGGUUGGGACCAAAUACAAACAAUAGACUCGCUAUUACGAAAAGGCGGAUACAAGGCUGCCAUUACAGCAGACAUGAGACGAAGCAUCAAGUUAACCCGCUACCAGUCGGAGGAGAUCUCUGCGACCUACAACGAAUACAUCAACCAACGCUGCUAG